AUGUACAAUCAGAUAAUAAACACUUUUAUUGAUGAUUGUCUUUUCUUGCAAACCCCAAUGUUACAAUCGCCCAUUAGUUCUAAGAUUGUGUUGUCCUUUUUCUUACGAAAUUUUUUUCCCUCCCUUUUUUGA